AUGCCGAUCUCUAAACGAAAACGUCAAUCACGUGAGGCAAGCAAGGCUUCGGCAGACAAACGAAAAGCCAUCCAGCGCGAGAAAUAUAUUUGCGAAUUAAAUCAGAUUUUAAUGCAAAUGGACGAUAAUGAAUUGCAAUUAAUUUACCAACAUAUGGUCCAACCAACUAAUCAUCAAAACGAAAAUAAAACUACACAUC